UGGCAGAAUAAUAAAAACAAUCAUGCAAUCAGCUGAUUACCCAAAACAUUCCUUGAAAAAUUGCGUAAAAAUGUAAAGGCUAUUUUUACAUUUUUUCUGUGUAUUUAAAAAAAGAGAAACCGCACUUAAUUAUAGUCUAGGCUACCAAAGUUCAAGUGCCAUGUUAUAAAGUAUAAUUAUUUUAGUGUUAUUUGUGUUCAAAUACUUUAGGCUACAAGAUGAUGGAUUACCUGGAAAAAGAUUUAAAAUAUAUCAUAGCAGAUAUAUUGAGUAUCAUCACAAUUGCCUCAUGCUUGGUGUCUAAAGUGCCCCAGAUUCGCACGAUUGAACAAUUAAAAUCAGCUCGAGGCAUUAGCACAACUGCUCUAAUUUUGGAAGUCUCAAGUUACACGGUGACUUUUUCCUACAAUUUCUGCAAAGGAUAUGCCAUCAUGUCAUAUCUUGAAUAUCCUGUUCUCUUGAUCCAGGAGUAUGUCCUAAUCUUUUUGGUUCUCAAAUACCAAAAUCUCCUUUUCGGAAGGACCUAUGUCUUUGUCGGCCUGUAUUUUUUCUUUGCAACAUUAUUUCUUUCGAAAAUAUUCCCUAUCUGGUUCCUCACAGCACUUUUGCCACUCACAACUCCUGUUGGAGCUACAAGCAAAAUAAUCCAAUUGGCAGAAAUUCUCCGUACUAAAAAUUCAGCCUCUGUGAGUCUUGCUACCUGGGCUAUGUCGGCUUUUACAAAUUUUACCCGAAUCUACACGAUAAUGGUUGAUUCUGCUGAUAUUAUGCUCCUAAUGAAUUUUUCCAUAUCUUUCCUUCUAAGUGCAGCCGUGUUCCUUGCUGCAAAAUACUACAAGACGAAGAAGAUUGACUAAAGCGGGUUCUUUAGUCCAUUCUCCUAAAUAAUUUAAUAAGAAAUUUUAAUUUUUUUGAUUCUCAUGCUUGUUGCGGACGUUAUGCUUUAGCGGGAUUCAAUAAAAAAUUGCGCGCAAA